UUUGUGAAUGGGGCCCGGCGGGGCGGGGCGGCAGACGGAGCCGUGUGUAUCUUUUGUGCGCCCAGCUCGGGCCGGAGCUGUCGCUAUCGCCGGGAGAGGGGGCAGACACGCGGCGGCCGUCCGCUCCUCGCCGCGCUGCGCCGCGCCGCCGCCGGAUUGUAAAAGUUACUGGAGCCCCCGGGCGGAAGAGACGGCUGCCCGCAGGCCGGGCUCGGCGGGAGCGGAGCCGCCGCGCGGAGACUCUGCCGGGUUCGUGCCUUUCCUCCCCGCGGCGGUGACGUCCCCGGGAACUUUUGCUGCCCCCGCUGCCUGGGGCGGGAGGACGUGAGCGCUGACCCGCAGCGCGCCGGCCCCGCGCCCCGCGCUGGCGGCGGGGGGAGCCGAGGCCGCGCCCGCCCCGGCCCCGGCCCCGGCCCCGCCGCGACGCUGAGGAUGUGGCGGGGCCUGGCCGCCCUGCUGGGCGCCCUGCUGGCCGUGCCGGCGGCGCAGCAGUACCACGGCGAGAAGGGCAUCUCGGUGCCGGACCACGGGUUCUGCCAGCCCAUCUCCAUCCCGCUGUGUACGGACAUCGCCUACAACCAGACCAUCCUGCCCAACCUGCUGGGCCACACGAGCCAGGAGGACGCGGGGUUGGAGGUGCACCAGUUCUACCCGCUGGUCAAGGUGCAGUGCUCGCCCGAGCUCAAGUUCUUCCUGUGCUCCAUGUACGCGCCCGUGUGCACGGUGCUGGAGCAGGCCAUCCCGCCGUGCCGCAGCCUGUGCGAGCGGGCGCGCCAGGGCUGCGAGGCGCUCAUGAACAAGUUCGGCUUUCAGUGGCCCGAGCGGCUGCGCUGCGAGCACUUCCCGGUGCACGGCGCGGGCGAGAUCUGCGUGGGCCAGAACACGUCGGAGGCCGGCGGCGGGGGCGGCCGGGCGGGCGCCACGGGGCUCCCGCCCGCCGCCGCCGGCUCCCCGCCGGCCCCGGCCACGCCGCCGCCCGCCGCCGGCUUCGCCUUCUCGUGCCCGCGGCAGCUCAAAGUGCCGCCCUACCUGGGCUACCGCUUCCUGGGCGAGCGCGACUGCGGGGCGCCGUGCGAGCCGGGCCGGCCCGACGGGCUGAUGUACUUCAAGGAGGCCGAGGUGCGCUUCGCCCGCCUCUGGGUGGGCGUGUGGUCCGUGCUGUGCUGCGCCUCCACGCUCUUCACCGUGCUCACCUACCUGGUGGACAUGCGGCGCUUCAGCUACCCCGAGCGGCCCAUCAUCUUCCUGGCCGGCUGCUACUUCAUGGUGGCCGUGGCGCACGUGGCCGGCUUCGUGCUGCAGGAGCGCGCGGCCUGCGCGGAGCGCUUCGCCGAGGACGCCUACCGCACCGUGGCGCAGGGCACCAAGAAGGAGGGCUGCACCAUCCUCUUCAUGAUCCUCUACUUCUUCGGCAUGGCCAGCUCCAUCUGGUGGGUCGUGCUGUCGCUCACCUGGUUCCUGGCGGCCGGCAUGAAGUGGGGCCACGAGGCCAUCGAGGCCAACUCGCAGUACUUCCACCUGGCGGCCUGGGCCGUGCCGGCCGUCAAGACCAUCACCAUCCUGGCCAUGGGGCAGGUGGACGGCGACCUGCUGAGCGGCGUGUGCUACGUGGGGCUCUACAGCGUGGACUCGCUGCGCGGCUUCGUGCUGGCGCCGCUCUUCGUCUACCUCUUCAUCGGCACGUCCUUCCUGCUGGCCGGCUUCGUGUCGCUCUUCCGCAUCCGCACCAUCAUGAAGCACGGCGGCACCAAGACCGAGAAGCUGGAGAAGCUCAUGGUGCGCAUCGGCGUCUUCAGCGUGCUCUACACCGUGCCCGCCACCAUCGUGCUGGCCUGCUACUUCUACGAGCAGGCUUUCCGCCCCGCCUGGGAGCGCACCUGGCUGCUGCAGACCUGCAAGACCUACGCCGUGCCUUGCCCCGGCCACGUGGCGCCCGCCAGCCCCGACUUCACCGUCUUCAUGAUCAAGUACCUCAUGACCAUGAUCGUGGGCAUCACCACCGGCUUCUGGAUCUGGUCCGGCAAGACCCUGCAGUCCUGGCGGCGCUUCUACCACCGGCUCAGCAGCGGCAGCCAAGGGGAGACGGCGGUAUGAGGGCAAGCCUGCCUCCCUCCCUCCCUUGCCCCCUGCCCUGCCCUGCCCUGCCCUGCCCUGCCCUGCGGGCGCCCCGGGA